GCCCGCCCCUCGACCGACCGCGGCCGGCGCAGCAACCCGCGCGCCCCGAUCCCCGGGAGAGGCGGAGGCUGCGGGACCGCCGAGCUGUGCAGGAAAAGGCCGUGGGAUGCGCUUGGGCCCCGCGCCCUAGACAAUGAAGCCGCGGGCACCGCCGCCCGCAGUGGGCCCUGCGCGCCCAGGCCGCACCUGCCGGCGAGGCGGGUUCCGCGCCUGAGCGCCUGCCCGGCCCCCCAUGGCUCGGCUCCCCGGGCGCGGACCCCGGCACUCGGGCCGCGUGGCGCGCGGGCGGGCGGACUCCAGGGGCGCUGUUCCCGCAGCCUAAGCGCGGGCCUCGCUGCGCGCGGGGGGCGUGGGCGCCGCUCCCUGCCGGCCCGGGCUCUGCACCUGGCCGGCUCUGCGCCCGCGGCGCGCGUCCCGACGGCCGGCGGCGCUGGAUGCAGUCGGGCCUGGGAGAGCGGCGCGGCGGCCGCGGCCCCUGGGGACAUGUACCUGCUGGACGGCAGCGGCGAGCCCGCGUCGCCGCCCGCGGACGCGAUGCCGCGCGGGACGCCCCCCAGGAAGACCGUCUACCGCAUCUCGGUGACCAUGGUCAGGAAGGAGCAGCUGGCCGCUCCUGUUCCGCGCCCCGCUCGGCGGCCCCGGCCCGCACGUUCUCCGGACGCGCCCGGGCGACUGGAAGAGGAGGCCGAGGAGGCGGCGGCUGAGGAUCCUGAGGCCCGGCCGCGCGCCUGGGACUUCCGCGCUUUCCGCACACGCAGCACCGGGCAGCUGGAGCUCGGGCGGCUGCGGCCAUGCACACGCGGCGCGGAGCCCGAGGACCUGAUGGGAAGCCCCUCGGCCGAAGGACCCAGCAGCCCCGAUGGGGAGGAGGCUCGGGCCGCGCCCCUGCGGCGGAGCCUCAGCUUCAGGCACUGGAGCGAGCCCGAGGCGCCGCGGAGCCCUGCGCUGAGCGGCGGGAGGCGCCACAGCAGCUCCGAGAGCCUGGCAUGGGCGCCUGACGACGAGGUCGAGGCGGAGGCCGCCCCGGAGCCGGUGGCCGGAGCGCAGCCCGCGACGGAGAAGCGCAACACCUUGGAUGUAGGCGAGGUGCUCAGCAAGAACGACGCGCUCUCGGAUCUGGAGCGCUGGGAGCGCAGCAAGAGCAAGAACCGCACGCUGGACAACAGCGACCUGCAGCGGCUAGAGCGUGCGCGGGCCGCGGCCGCUGGCCCUGGGGCAGCCUCGGAGCACCGGCUGCUGCGCUUCUUCAGCGGCAUCUUCGCGCGCAGGGACGGCGGGCCCUCACCCCGCAGCGGUGCCCUGCGCUCCCGCGGUUACUUCAGCCUGCGGAGGGCCCCGGCCGACACACACUCAUCCAGCGCAGAGAGCAUCGAGGGGUCCCCGCGCAGAGAUGCUUUCGUGAACAGCCAGGAAUGGACACUCAGCCGAUCUGUACCGGAGCUCAAAGUGGGAAUUGUGGGUAACUUGGCCAGCGGCAAGUCCGCACUGGUGCACCGGUACCUGACCGGCACGUACGUGCAGGAGGAGUCUCCAGAAGAUAUGGACGCAGGUGGCAGGUUCAAGAAGGAGAUUGUGGUUGAUGGCCAGAGUUAUCUGCUGCUGAUUAGGGAUGAAGGGGGCCCCCCUGAGGCACAGUUUGCCAUGUGGGUGGAUGCGGUCAUUUUUGUCUUCAGCUUGGAGGAUGAGAUCAGUUUCCAGACUGUCUACCAUUACUACAGCCGAAUGGCCAACUACAGGAACACCAGCGAGAUCCCACUUGUGCUGGUGGGGACCCAGGAUGCCAUAAGUUCCACCAACCCGAGGGUCAUCGACGACGCCAGGGCACGGAAGCUCUCCAAUGACCUGAAGCGGUGCACGUACUACGAGACAUGCGCCACCUAUGGGCUCAACGUGGAGCGGGUCUUCCAGGACGUUGCCCAGAAGAUUGUUGCCACGAGGAAGAAGCAGCAGCUGUCCAUAGGCCCCUGCAAGUCCUUACCCAACUCUCCAAGCCACUCCUCUGUGUGCUCCGCCCAGGUGUCAGCCGUGCACAUCAGCCAGACGAGUAAUGGAGGCGGGAGUUUGAGUGACUACUCCUCCUCUGUCCCUUCCACCCCAAGCACCAGCCAGAAGGAGCUUCGGAUCGAUGUCCCGCCCACUGCCAACACCCCAACGCCUGUCCGGAAGCAGUCCAAGCGCAGGUCCAACCUCUUCACGUCUAGGAAAGGGAGCGACCCAGACAAAGAGAAGAAAGGCCUGGAGAGCCGCGCGGACAGCAUCGGGAGCGGGCGAGCCAUCCCAAUUAAACAGGGCAUGCUGCUGAAGCGAAGUGGCAAGUCGCUAAACAAAGAGUGGAAAAAGAAGUACGUCACCCUGUGCGACAAUGGCGUGCUGACCUACCACCCCAGUUUACAUGAUUACAUGCAGAAUGUCCACGGCAAAGAGAUUGACCUCCUGAGGACCACUGUGAAAGUGCCGGGGAAGAGGCCACCCCGAGCCACGUCAGCCUGUGCACCCAUCUCCAGUCCCAAAACCAAUGGCCUGGCCAAGGACAUGAGCAGUUUACACAUCUCACCAAAUUCAGGGAAUGUCACUAAUGCGUCUGGGUCUCAGAUGGCAAGCGGCAUCAGCCUGGUCUCCUUCAACAGCCGACCCGACAGCAUGCACCAGCGCUCCUACUCAGUCUCCAGUGCCGACCAGUGGAGUGACGCUACAGUCAUUGCAAACUCCGCCAUCAGCAGUGACACGGGGCUGGGUGACUCGGUGUGUUCCAGCCCAAGUAUCUCCAGCAGCACCAGCCCCAAGCUUGACCCGCCCCCCUCCCCCCACGCCAACAGAAAGAAACACCGGAGGAAGAAAAGUACCAGCAACUUCAAGGCUGACGGGCUCUCAGGCACUGCUGAAGCCAAACGCAAAGCAUGGAAACUAAACCGUGUUGGUAGCCUGCGCAACAUAUACAGCAGCAGCAGCACCAACACCGAAGAGCAAGAAGAAAACUUUGAGUUUAUCAUUGUGUCCCUCACUGGCCAGACGUGGCACUUUGAAGCUACCACGUACGAGGAGCGAGACGCAUGGGUCCAAGCCAUCGAGAGCCAGAUCCUAGCCAGCCUGCAGUCCUGCGAGAGCAGCAAGAAUAAGUCCCGACUAACCAGCCAGAGCGAGGCCAUGGCACUGCAGUCCAUCCGGAACAUGAGAGGGAACUCCCACUGUGUGGACUGUGACGCCCAAAACCCUAACUGGGCCAGUUUGAACUUGGGAGCUCUCAUGUGCAUCGAGUGCUCAGGGAUCCACCGGAAUCUUGGCACCCACCUCUCUCGGGUCCGAUCUCUAGAUCUUGAUGACUGGCCCAUGGAGCUGAUCAAGGUGAUGUCGUCCAUCGGGAAUGAGUUGGCCAACAGUGUGUGGGAAGAGAGCAGCCAGGGACGGACAAAACCCUCAUUGGACUCCACAAGGGAAGAAAAGGAACGAUGGAUCCGGGCCAAGUAUGAACAGAAACUCUUCCUGGCCCCACUGCCGUGUACAGAGUUCUCCCUGGGCCAGCAGCUGCUGCGUGCCACUGCCGAGGAAGACCUGCGGACUGUCAUCCUGCUCCUGGCACACGGCUCCCGGGAUGAGGUGAAUGAGACCUGUGGGGAAGGAGAUGGCCGCACAGCACUGCACCUGGCCUGCCGCAAGGGCAGCGUGGUCCUGGCCCAGCUGCUAAUCUGGUACGGGGUGGACGUCAUGGCUCGCGAUGCCCACGGGAACACGGCACUGGCCUAUGCCCGGCAGGCCUCCAGCCAGGAGUGCAUCGAUGUGCUGCUCCAGUACGGCUGCCCCGAUGAGCGCUUUGUGCUCAUGGCUACCCCCAACCUGUCCAGGAAGAAUAACAGCAGGAACAGCAGUAGUGGGAGGGCGCCCAGCAUCAUCUGAGCUCAGCCAACACCGCCCCGGGAUCCCACGCCCGCCCGCCCGCCCGCUCCGGACCGACGGUGGGCACAGCACGUGAGUCCCUCAGUUCCCUCCCUCCUCCUGGUGGUCACGUCCACCCACCUGCCACUCACACACCCCACCUGAAGUCUCCAAACCUGGACAUCCUCAAGGGGAGAAGAGGAGGCUGGAGGCCACAGAACCGAACCCUUUCUUUUCCCACACUCCGGAAGCAACGCAGGAGGGACCACAACCUCGCGGCUUUGAGGAUAGCACAUGACGGGGGACCCCCGUUCCAGUGACCUGGAGCGCAGGGUGAGGGGUGGCAAGGAGAAGGGGCAGCUUCCCCUAACUGGCAGUUAAGCACAUCCGUACAUUUCACCUCGACCAAAAGGAGGCUUGGCUUUCACGUCUUCUCUGGGGAGCUUGACGGCAUAAAUCAGAAACAAGCACAGUUUGUCAGGUCUGAAGCCCCUAUGAUGGUAGGUGUCAAAUCAGUUGUAGCUAAUCUGUCCAGGGAGAAUACUGGCUUCAUUACACUUGUACAGUCGGGUUCCUCCAGCAUUACCGCUGUUUAAUAGAACGUGAUUAGUCAUCACCGGGAAGAAGGCAUAUUAGCCGAGGAGGUAGUUACACGGCACGCUCCGGUGAUUGCCACGAUGUGAUUGCAGUGCGCUUAGAAGCAUCAUAUUAUCCCAGACAUGUCUCUCCAGCCCUUGGAGUCCUCCUUUCUAAAUUCACUGUCAUAAUUUAGUAUCUGUUUAAUUUUUCAGUCCAAAGAGAGGAAAUCAGUUGCCGGGUAUUAUUUGACUGCAAUCUCCUUCCUUGGUGCAAAAACAAAAUGGAAAAAAAUAAAUAAGAAUAACUUGGAAAUUCAAAAAGAAAUCAUGAAUCCAGCUGAAAAUAGCUUCUCAAGUAUGCUCCAAAACUAAGUAAAUAUAGAAAAUGCUAUUUUUUUUUUCCCUAAGAGAGAUUUUCUGUCCUUUGACCACAUUGGCUACGUCAGGCCUCAGUCACUCCCGAUCCACAAGGUCUGAGUUACCCGCGUUUCUGUCGUAGAGAAGAUGUGUGAAAAUCUAUUUGAAUAAAAGAAGUUCAUAAAUAUGCAUUGAUUUUUGUGCAGACAAAUAGCACCUCUGUUAAUUUAUAAAUUGAGCUGGAUGGGAACUAAUAAUGUGCAACUAGUUGAGAUCAGAGGGUUACAGAUCAUUGUGCAUGGGAAGUGCCCCCCAGCAGUAAACACUUCCGUUAAUGUGAUAAACAGCUUUUUAAAAGGUGCAUAUCAGAAUGAGAUGGGGGGACAAUUGGCUUAUUAAAAUCAGGAAGGGAAGGGGGGAGGGGAAGGAGCGUGUGAGUCCUCAUCCCAAAGGCAGGAUGUAGAGCCGAGGCCACUCUUCCCAAGCAAAAGUGAGGGGCUGUGGCAGGAAGGGGUGAUUUGGGGAACACCAGCCGCAUAAAAGCGCCCUGUGAGUGGCUGCUGACCGCUCUGGUGCAUCCGGCUCCUGGGAGCCUGUAGACCGUACGGUCCACCCCGUCUGUUUCUAACAGGAUGACUGACUUGCCAUCGUGGACCACCUUCGGCACAGUGGUGAAGAACACCAAACCGUGACACUAUUUAGUUUAAAAAAAGAGGGGGCAGCCUUGCCAGAGAGCCCUCCUGGCGGUGUGACAGGGAGAAGGCCAGCACACUGGGAGACAGGACGCUGGGCAGAGCCACCCCGGUACCUGUGGAGAGGCUCCUUGCUCUCAUAUACUGAACUUUAUAUUUUGUAAGAGUUUUUCCUCUUCUUUCACUUUAAAAAAAAAAAAAUUUAAGUAGAUGGGAACAGAAGUAAAGCCUUGCACAGCAUUUCUAUGUGGGUAAGUGUCUCGUGGAGAUCUCCAGUCUCAACACAGCUAGAACUGACCGGUAUCCAAAAAAAACGUCCUAGGUGCGAAAGCCACAGGUCUGAGACCCCUGAGCUCAGUGCCGCAAGCCCUGCGUUUGGUUUCUCACCCUGCUCUCCGUCACUGUGUUGUUACUUUAAAUGUGAAUAGAGAAAACAAGCUGUCAUUGCCUAUUUUUGAAGACUGCAUUAGCACCCGACCCUGCAGUCCACAUUCGCCUCCACGUAGCCUUUACCAUAGACUUCUAUAGAGAACACAGCUAGAGUAUAAAUGAGAUUCGUAAAUUAUUUCAGUGUAGUUAAUUCCCACGAUAGGAGUGCUUUUAUCACAGAGGAGCCACUGCAGGAAGGAAGUGGGACCCUCCCUGAAGCUUCUCUUGGGGUGUAUAUGAGUGUGUACAUAUUCUUAUGUGUUUAUAAUAUGAUAUUUUCCUGAAUGACUCCUUGUUCCACAUCGCCCUCCACUGCCUGAAUGCUCAGUUGCUCGCUCUGGUCCCCUCCCUCCCUCCCUCCCUCCCUCCCUCCUUUCCUCAGUCACUCCGACAUCAUCAGCUCUUCCUCGGAACACGGCCCCUCCCCUGCCAGUGUGAGCUGGGCUGGCCUGUCCAAGAGGUAGCCCACUUCUCCUAAGCCUGAGUUUUGACAACAGAGUGGUGAUGGGGGCCUCUGGGGGUUUCUGUGCAGAUGAAGGAGAGAAGCGGCCUAGCCUGUGCCUCUCUUUCCCCUUCGGACCCGAGUCCUUCCCUCAAUGACAAGCUUCUUUUUCCCAUUUUCCAGUUGACACCAAGGCUGAGGUCCACGAGGAUCAGGGUUGUGGGGAAGGGAGGUGGGGUUUUAUGGAAAUCUCUGCCACACUCAGCACUUCCUUCAAUGUGAGACACUCUCUGAGGAGCAUGUCAGAAGAAGGUACAGUGGACUUACUAAAAUCAAGACAGGAAGUGGGACAAGUCAGAGAAGCAGGGGAAGGGGGAAGGAGCAUGGGAACUCAUUCCGGAUGCAGUGUUAGAGCUGAGACCACUUUUCUGCCAGGAGCGAGGGCCUCUGGGAAGUGACGGAUGUGAGACGCCCCCUGCAAACCAUGCAACCUUUGUGCUCCAGGUGAAUUUCCUCUCUUGUUGAGAAGUAGUCAGCUGGGGGGCGGCUGCAAACGGGCCUGCGACUUGGCCGUCACCUGUCCUGAGGAGGCGGUCUAGCCUGUGGCUACCUCUGCUGAACACCUGAUGUCCCUCCCCAGGCCUGUGAACAGUAUCGGGGAGGAAGGUGAAGCCCUCCUUACUCUCCCCACUUCUGAGAAAGCCCCCCCCAAUUUGUCUUGCUUUACAGAGAAGAGCUGAGCACCGCUCUCCCACCGUCCCCAAGUGUCACUCAAGCCCGAAAUGAGCCUCCUGUCCUCCAGCCUUGUCCCUCUGCUGUUGGCUCAUCAAAUCUCCUCCCCGCAGUUCCCACGAGGCUGCUGGGACGCGUGCACACACGCUGUCGGCGCGCUGUUCCCAUUAACUUUGAGGAUCAUAGCACCUUGGGCCCUGGGCUUCACUGCCCCAACUGUCCCCAGAAGAGCCUGGUCGGAGCGCUCUGUGGCAUCCUCCUGCUCUGUCAAGCCCCACGGUGAGUGUGUGUCUGAACCUGGUGGGCCAGGAACCUGCUGGCCCCGGGCCUGUGUUGCCGAGGCUGCCACCAUCCUUCCCUGUAUUUAGGCUAUUUGAUGGCUGAGAUGUGCAAUCUCCAUUGCUCCUGGGGACACAAGGGCCCCGCAGCACCACAGCGAGGAGGAGGGGGAGGAGGCUUGCCAUCAGGGCCUCCAAGCUGCCAGGAGCCUGAGGUUUUUGAGAGGCAAGCCCAUGCCUUUUGGUGGGCUCUCCUCAGCUCUUCUGUCUCCAUCGUUCACACCCUACAAGGUCCCUGAGGCUUUGCUAGAACCCUGUCAGGAUUGUAUUUAUGACUUUGAAGCAAACAAAUUGAAAAGCAGUCAGGGAAGGGAUUUACAGAAAUGUGACACCGAUGGACAUCUUUCCUUUUAAAAAAAAAAAAAAAAAAAAAAGCAGUUUAUCCCCCACUGCUUCUGUUGGGAAGGCACAGCUGGAGAUGAUUCCACUCCUGUCACUCACCAGGAAGCUGUCAGGGCCACUGGUAUCCCACGUGUGACCUUCUCUUCCAUUGUGUCUCUUGGAUUCUAAAUGGCUCCACCCCUGCCAGGCCUGGCUGGCACACAGCGGACAGACGGACGGACGGACGGGAGAACCACGUGAUCCAGCUGUUUGUGUCUGGCCUGUUUGGGGACCUUAUCUGUAAAGCGCUGAGGUAGAUGGGUUUGGGGCCAAAAUGUAACAUUCCUCCUUGAGAGGAAAGAAAGGGAAGGAGAGGGAAGGACCCAGCUCCUCACUGCAGCCCAGGUCCUCAGGCUUUCAUCUCCUGGAACAUCUGUAAGAGAAGCCCGCACCCAAAGUCAGGGCUCAUCUCUCACCUCGGGGAAAGAAACCGCCGGCCAUCUGGGGCCUUAGUGUUUCAGGACACAAAGUCUCUCCCUGCUCAGAAGUCCUGGCCUGACAGGGCUUUUUCAGAUGCUAAGAUUUCUGUUGAGUUUCUGUGCCUGCUGCUCUUUAGACAUUGGUUUGCACCCCUGAGUCCGAGUUGAGAGAGAACAUUUCAUCGUAGAUGAGUCUAAACAGCCAACAAAGUGUAUGUCCUUUGGUUUUAGCAGAUCCUGCUCUUUCCUAUAGAAGAGCAGUAUUUGGUCUGGGGUUUGCUCCUGUCUGGUCAGAGCGUUCUGAACUGAGGCCUCUUCCGUAGUGAGCCUCAGGUGGGUGUGGGCACCCAGCACAGGCUGCCGCUCUAGGGUCCAAGCAAGUGGCCUUGGUGAGUGAGAGAGGUCAGCUCAGGGCUUGUCAUUAUUUUGCUGGGCGCAUGGCAUCUGCAGGGGACCCCCUGGGGGUCAUGAAUCAAGCCAUAGGAUGGACUCUCCUGCCAUAGGGGAGGACUGAUCUGGAAUUCUGUGUGCAGGGAAUUACAUAGCCUUUGUCUUGUUGUGGGUGAAAUGAAGGAACCAAGAGGUGUGAGUGGGUGGGGGGUGGGAUUAGGCCCAGAGGAGAGCGCCUUGGCACGCUGCCGCUAGGAACCCUAGGAACCCAUCCUAGGAUCACAUUGUACCCCAAUGUCCAGGUUCAGGACUGCAGCCACAGGAGCCCAGAUAUUAGUGUGGUUUUUAGAGAGGGCUCUCACAUGCUUGCAAAAAGACACACUUAGCAAACUGCUGCGUGGGUCAUGUGGACUAACGGAGGGCAUUGAGGAGAAAGACCUGUGUGGCCCAAAACAGAACUGUAAACAGCCUUCUAUCCAUAGCUGAGGGGCUGGCAAGACACCUGACCCACCUGCCUCUUCAGGAUGGGCAGAGAAGGGGCCCAGGGUGCUGUGCAGUCCAAAUGUGGCUUCCGGUUCCUGCUCUGGCACACACAUUUUGCUCACCUACCAGGUCCUGCAGUUUUCUUACCAGGGUGGUACUGAGGGUACCCAGGGCAGCUGAGUGGAGACCUGGCUUUUGUGUGACAGGCAGACAAAAGAUACCCUCAAAACGUCCCUGUGACCAGAAGGGAAAGACACCUGCACCUUCCUAUUGAAAAUAACCCUCCUCUUAUAUGUAAAAACCAUCCCUUCCCUUCCCCCACAUUGUGGGGUUUUUUGUUUGGUGUUUUGUUUUGUUUGAGGGGGGUGAUAGCUUUCUUCUAAAAUGUAUGAGUUCUCAAGAUGAGAACUGGUCCUCCAGCCCUGAGCCCUGAGAACUGAAAGGGUGUUGAGCUCCAGGAAGGCCCAGGAGGUGGCUGGCCCCUACAGUGGCCUGCGGCUGGACCUGCAGAGGACAGAGUCCCUGGCAUCCUCUCUUGCCCUCUUCCCUUCCUUUCCCCCAGUUCCUCCGAGUCCUCAUCUUGCCACAGGCGCAUCUUUGUAGAGAGAAAACCCAGGGCAAGGCAGGGUGCCAAUGGCACAUUUCUGGGUGGGAGCAAAGAAGGCCACUGCCUCACCUGCCUAGACCCAUCUAGAAGGCUGAAGCACAGUGGGGCUUCUCCGAGGGGGUGGUCCGUCCUGGGCAUUUUGAUAUUACCUCAUUCCAUAACUCCGUGUUUCCCCAUGACUGAUGGCUUUAUUUAUGCUGUUUGUCCUGUAAUUAAACCAUCCACAGACAUCCACUCCGCUCGUCUGUUCAUGCGACCUUGUUCGGGUUCAAUCUGCUGGUUUGUAUUUUCUUGCCUUGGGAUUUUGUGUCAGCUGUACAGUAUUCUAAGGGGAAAGGCAAAGGAAAAGUGUGUAAAGUAACGGAGAGAGGUGGCUAUAGUGUAGAGACCUCUUUCUAAUAAAGAAAUGAAAAUAUGUA